CUCUGACGGUACGUCACCGGCCACCGCCCAGAGGACACCGUACGGCGCCCGGAGGAUAGGCGGUGCAGGGUGGGACCCGCCGGGAACUGUCUCAAGCCACCCGCCGGCUAGAGAAAGCGUCGGAGACAGCAACUGCUCUGGAAGCUGAAGCCGGAAGCUCCGCCCGACCUCGCCUGUGGCGGGUCCGGGUUAGGCCAGUUCGAACGUGACCUUGUUUUGCCGUUGCUAGGAGACCGGGCUCCCGCACGCCCCCCAAUGGCCAGCUCCCGGGUGCGCGCUGAAGGGGGGCGGGGCCGCGGCUGCUGAGCUGAGGGAUCCGCCGGGCACCGUUAGGAGGCCUGGCGCACGGCGCCAGCCGGGCGCCCCUAGAAGCCGCGUAUCACCCUCGGCCACCAACGGGGCCUCACUGGUGCCUUCCGACAGGUAGCAGCGCGCUCCCGAGCGGCUGUGAGCGACGCUGGGUCCAGACCAGGAAAGACGCAGUCUUGUAGCUGGAUCCCCUAGGAAGAGAAAUUCUGAAGCAGUAAGAAGAAAGCAUUUCAAUUUGGAACACUAAUUUGCACCUGGAAAUGGGGAAUGGACUGUCAGACCAGACUUCUAUCCUGUCCAGCCUGCCUUCAUUUCAGUCCUUUCACAUUGUUAUUUUGGGUUUGGACUGUGCUGGAAAGACAACUGUAUUAUACAGGCUGCAGUUCAAUGAGUUUGUAAAUACUGUACCUACCAAAGGAUUUAACACUGAAAAAAUUAAGGUAACCUUGGGAAAUUCUAAAACAGUCACUUUUCACUUCUGGGAUGUAGGUGGCCAGGAGAAAUUAAGGCCACUGUGGAAGUCAUAUACCAGAUGCACAGAUGGCAUUGUGUUUGUUGUGGACUCUGUUGAUGUUGAAAGAAUGGAAGAAGCCAAAACUGAACUUCAUAAAAUAACCAGGAUAUCAGAAAAUCAGGGAGUCCCUGUACUUAUAGUUGCUAACAAGCAAGACCUGAGGAACUCAUUGUCUCUCUCAGAAAUUGAGAAAUUGUUAGCAAUGGGUGAACUGAGCUCUUCCACUCCCUGGCAUUUGCAGCCCACCUGUGCAAUCAUAGGAGAUGGACUGAAGGAAGGACUUGAGAAACUACAUGAUAUGAUAAUUAAAAGAAGAAAAAUGUUGCGGCAACAGAAAAAGAAGAGAUGAAUGGUAAUACCUUUUCUAUCUGUGUGGAGUAGGUUUUCUCCAGUCUGAUUUUGACAAAUGGAAGAGUGUCUACAGCCUGGUUUGCCUGCCUGCCCUCCUGGAUGCUGAUAAAGCUUUGUUUUGUUGAACAAUCAGAUGCCCAACUCUUUUGCCUUGUGGAAGAUGCGUAAAUGCAGUGCUUCUUAAAAUGGUCUCUUCUCCCUACCCCACAAAUCUUUUGGUACUACCAUUCUGGGAAGCCAAGCAUGGAUAGCAAAUUGACCAGAAAACACUUGUGGAAAUUUGACCUGAAGUUAGUGAAAUAAAACUUUGAAGAGUA